CCCAUCAACCCCUUCCCUCUUCCCAGCGGUGAACCACAUGUUUGAGGCCCAGGGAAUCCCCCUGCCCUGGUCCUGGUUCAUCCAGCAGCUGCCAGACUGGUACCUGAAGCUGGGGACUGUUGGUCUGUUGGUGACAGAGAUCGCUGUACCCCCCCUCUACUUCGCCCCCAUCCGCCACCUCAGACUGGCAGCCUUCUACAUUCAGGCAACAUACCAGGUGAAGUUGAUGCUCUUGGGGAACUAUGGCUUCCUCCCCUUCCUCUCCCUGGCUCUGACUUUCUCCCUGUUGGACGACAACCAUAUCAGCUACUGGCUGGGCCACGGCAAGAAGAAGAGAACCAAGACUUGGUCCCAAACCAUAAUGUCAUUGCUGGUUGUACUGGCUGUAUUUGCUGUCAUCAUCUAUGGAACUAAAGUGCUCUUCACACUGGAGAUCGACUGGGAGGCCAAUACUAUAACCUCUAAAACCGCCUUCACCCAGCAGCAGUUUGGCAAUUGGUUGAAGCUUGUGACAGGACCCACUAUCUGGGUAGGAGUUCUCUCUCUCACCUGGGAGGUGGUGGCAGCUAUGCUUGGGUGUGUGUGUGUUAGAGGGUGCCUCUGGAAGCUCUGGGGCCUCGUCCAAUGGGCUGUCUUUGCCUCAGCUGCAGUCGCUGUGUUUGCUAUCAGUGUGGUGCCCUACUCGUCCAUGGAACAGGUGUACAGCAGUAAGAUCCUACCGGAGGUGAGACAGGCCUACAAGCUAGUGGAGCGCUACAGACUGGUCAGUGCCUACAGCCUGGACAGCAGGAUGACAGGGGUGGACGGGAGGUCAGAGGUCAUCCUAGAGGGCAGCAUGGACAAGAACACCUGGACGGAGAUAGAGUUCAUGUACAAGCCGGGGAACGUGGGCGUGGCCCCUCCAGUGGUGGCCCCCCACCAGCCACGGUUAGACUGGCAGAUGAGCCAGGCAGCCCAGGGACUGGCCAAACAGAGCCCCUGGUUCACAAGCCUAGUGCACUGCCUACUGCAGGGCAAUAAGGAUGUGGUGAGACUGAUCCAGACAGACUCAGCCCAAUACCCAUUCAGCCAGGCCCCCCCGGUCUACCUCCGAGCCAGCCUCUACCGGUACUGGUUCACCCAGACCACACAGGACGGGUCUGGUCCUAAUGAGUGGUGGAGGAGGGACUAUGCAGAGGAGUUCUAUCCUGCAGUGCAGCUGGGUGGCCCUACUCUGGAGGCCAGGCUCAGUCAGCACGGACUCAAGGAGAAGUUCCCGAUCCAGCCCAGUCCUGACUCUCCUCUGGCCCAGGUUCUGAGGCAGGUGCGGGGCCACGUUCAAACUCUACCCGGCCACCUGGUGCUCUGGUCCCUCCUGGCCACUGUCGCCACCAUCUGGCUCCUCAGAACCCUGCUCUCUGGGGUCCUGGGGGGCCGAAAGGCUAAACCCACCCCAGCCGAACCCAAGGCCAAGAAGGCUAAGGACCAGCCAGCAGAGAAGAGUGCCUCGGCCUCCAGUCUCAAAGCAGAGAGGGAGAACUCUGAGGAGAGUAGACGGGAUGCUGACAAGAGCCCUAAGAAGAGGAAGUGAUGUGGGACUGCUGCCAUGGGAAUUCCUGUUACGUUCUUGUUGUUGCCCCUUGUCUCGGAAUGGCGGAGAGAAGGGGUGUUACCUACAUGUAAAUCUCAGGUGUUUCUACAGUAACUGCCAAUCCGACCAGCUCUGUGACUCGGAGACCACCACUGUGGCCUUGUAUUCAGUCAGUUCUCAUCUGUCUCACACACACACGCAUAUACUGUACAUACACAAGCAAAAACGUCUAUUUUCUCUGUGCCUCCUUCCGUCACCAUAUUCUCAGGUCCGCCUAUGGAUGACUCUUCAGACAUGCCAACGGGUGAGUCCCUGACAUCACAGUACAGUGGUGCUUUGCCAUGUUCUUCAGGGAACACUUUAUCUGAAUUCUGGGAAUGCAUUCAUACAUUUUAACGGUUGUUGUCCAAUAGUUGUUUAAUCUUGUGCUAUAUCUUUAAUAUGAUAUUCAGGGUCCACAGUCAUGCUAGGCUGAGUGCAGUUAUUGUACCUCAGUGAACCCUUUUCUUGGACCGCUGAGAUCAGUUUUACUGUAUCAGACAGACUUUUGUCAUGUGAAGUUGUCAAGUGGUUCCAUGUAAUGAUAUCAAUAUCUAGGUCCUCUAUCCUGACCAUGAGAAACUGUAUAGCUACAUCGUCAAGAAUACUGUAUUCUGAAAGCUUUGUCCUGCAAAACCCUUUGCCUUAGAAAUCUGUGGUUGCUGUUCUAACUUCAAAAGCCUUUGUCGCAUUCUUUUUAACAGCUUAAAUGCAUAACUACUUCUAAGAAAUCUUUACAUUCCACAUCUGUGUAUAUUUGAGACAUAGUAUUACUUAAGCUUAGUGUAUUAGGUUAAAGCACUACUGCAAAAUUACUGGGCUCUAAGGAUAAAUUCCCAGCCCUAGGGCGCUAUUCAAUCUGUAUCGCUGAAUCAUUACAGAUUGCACGAUAAAAAUGGAAAAGUACUUUUUACUGGUCAGUGUUUUUAUUCUUGGCUGUAUGUUGAAACUGAACACUUAGAUUUGACAAAUAAACUACAGGUGAAAAAGACUGAAACAUUC